UCGCAGCGUCCGGACGUACGUCGAUCGCAGAAUUUGUCAGCUUUAUUUUUUUUCUUGUGCGAUUUCGUUCUGCCUGCCAAACGCAGCGACAGCGACCCAACUGAGGAGCAGGAGUAAGUCCGAUCUGCUGAAGUCGACCGAAUGUCGAAAUGAAGCGUGACGAGAGGGCGAAUGUGCUCAGCGCAACGAAAAGUGGGCGCGAGUGAUACGAAACCGAGAAAAAGAUUCGAUUCCCAAUUUGUCGCGUCGUUCUCUCGAGCUCAAGAGAACCGAAAACAACGCGAAAUAAAAGUGAAAACGUGCAAAAGGCACAGCGCAAAGAAAAACAACAAACUAAACUUCGGUCAAAAUGUGCGACACGGGGGCAACAACAGCUACUACAACUGUGGUGGCAGCAGCAGCAGCGUCGUCGGUGUCUGGCACUGGAACGAGCCAGAGCCAGAGCCAGGGCCAGGGAACGGCAGCGGCAUCGGCUACAGCAACGACGACAGCAGCAGGAGCCACACCGCCAGCUACAACCACAGCGAAACCCGAGCAACAGCAGCGGGCGCGACAAAACUGCUGCCGCCUCUGCAUUGCCCCGGCCACGGAAUGCAUUUCGAUCAUCAAUAGCUAUGCGGCCGACAAGGAGCCGCUCUCUACAAAAAUCCACAACUGUGUGAACAUCAAGAUAACGCCACAAGAUCGGCUGUCACUGCAGAUCUGUCACGCCUGCAUCAGCUACUUGAACUCGUGGCAGAGCUUUAAGAAUCGCUCGGUUAGCGCACAGACCAAACAGCGCCAGUGGCUGGAGGCCAACAAGAGCAAGCUGCUCAGCUAUUUGGACUUGAACAGUGCCGAGAAUGGAGGAGGUCAUCAGCAGCAGCAGCAGCAUCACCACCACCAACAGAACCAGUCACAGUCACAGCAGCAUCAUUCGGAGAAUGAGAUCGAUUUGGAGAAGCCAUCGGCCGCCCAAAUAUUGGACGGCAUACCCUCGCUGAAGAAACGCAAAUCCCUAACAGUCUAUCCACUGCCCGCAAUUCCCAUCAAGGAUGAGCCCAUUGACACAGAUGAUGAUUAUCAAAUGAAAUCGUUGGACGAAUCCGAUGACAUGGUCGAUCCCACAAUGUUCCUAGAACGCUCCGAGCACGAGGGCGAUGUACCACUUAUGACCUCCGACUAUGAUUAUACGGCGCAGCAUGGUGUGAAUGCAGAAACAGCGGCCGCCUCGCUGCCGCCCAAUGCUGUGGCUAAUGUGGCCGCCGCCGGGGACUCAAAGGUGGCCAGCUGCCGGGCAUGCAGUCUCCAGUUUUCGACGCGUGCCAAUGCCCGACGCCAUGAGCGAAAUUUGCACCCAAAUCUAUUCCAAUUGUCGACAGACUCGCCCAACAAUACGCCCAUCACAAAGCCCACACCGGCACUGGCGGCUGCAUUGGAGAUACAGCGUGCCGCUGCGGAGGCGGCCACCGAGGAGGCCAGCAAAGCUGCCGGCGCUGCCGGGGGUAAUAUAUCGACCCAAAAGUAUCGUCAGGUGGUGAUGAAUGCCUUCAUCAAAUGCGAGGGUGGGGGCUUCAACUAUGACAAUCCGGAGCAAUAUCAGCUGCUGCUCACCCGCGACAAGGUGGAGUUUAUCGAGCAAAAUUAUGAAUUCCUUGAGCAGUACCAGACGAUGACAUGCCGCUGCUGCGACAAAUACUUUAGUACGUACAAGAACUUUAUGGCGCAUGUGCGUAAAAAGUAUCCGCUGUUGCCGCGUAAUCUCUGCUUCAACUGCCUCAAGAUGAACGAAUCGAAGGCGCUGUUCAUUUCACAUCUCAAGAAGCGCAACUGCAUCAAUCUGUAUCGUGUGCUGAACGCCCUGCGCGGCAAGCAGCCAAACUUUCAUCCCACAUCAUCGGACCUGGGUGCAUUCGGUGGCGAGACGACGACCCAAAUCAGUCCCACUGUCGUUGUGCCGCUGCUGCUCGAUAACAGCUCGAGCGGCGAACGGCCGGAGAAGCUGCGCGCCAAGGAGCUGCUGGUGAAUAAGCUUUACGAGUGCAAACUCUGCCCCAAGGGCUUCCGCACCAAGCACGAGUUUCGCACCCAUGUGUACGACAAGCAUGCGGAUGUGCAGCGCAAGGACAACAAUUCGAUACAGUGCAGCUUCUGUGGCCUGGACUUUGCCGAUCCCGUGGACAGGCGACGCCACUACAACAAUAUGGACUGCAUUGUCCGGCUACGCUGCAUGACGUGCGACGCCAAGGUGGAGACGCAUCAGCGUUUCCUCGAUCAUGUCUAUCAGGAUCAUUUGGGAGGUAUAAGCAGCGAUAAUGCCUCCACUGUCAGUGGAAUGGGCGGAGGUGGCGGUGGUAGGAGCAGCAGCAGUAUUGAGAACUCACCUGGCAAGCGGAGUCUACUGGGUGCCCUUGGAAUUGGAGUUAGCUCCCCCGCCGAUGAGUCACGCAGCGGCAGUGCAGCAGCGGCAGCAGCAGCAGCACCCAAUCAAACCUCAACGCCAAAGCCCAUAUCGGGAGGAGGUGGUGGUGGUGGUGUGGCGGCGUCUUGCACAACACCUGGCUCCCUAAAUCGUGACGCCGGUGGUGCACCAAAAUCGCAGUAUUUCUCACGAAUGCCACAGGUAUGCCCCAUCUGUGGCCAGCAGUACAACAACUACAACAACGUUCUGCGUCACAUGGAAUCGAAGCAUCCAAACAAACUGCCGGAGACAUACAAAUGCGUGCGUUGCGGCCUGGGCUAUCCAAGAAUCUCGUAUCUGCGGGAGCACAUGAUCAAUGUGCAUGGCGUCGACAAGAAUCGACAUUCCGGUGGCUUUGAAUACAUUGUGAAUGCGGAUGCCGUCAAGCUGGCCGAUGGCAGUACACCGAAUGUAUCCACAGGUCGUUACGACUAUGUGAUGAAGGAUCUGAUGUCAAUAACAAAUGGUGGGACACUCGAUGAUGACGAGGAGGAGACCGGCAGCAUGGCCAAGAAGAUACGCCUCGACGAUAGCAGCAACAACAGCAGUCUGGUGGGUGGCGUGGCCAGCCAGCAAAAGGAAUGCCCCAUCUGCAAUGCCCUGUUCAGCAACAAUAUUGGCCUGUCCAAUCACAUGCGCUCACAUUACACGGCCUCGAAUUCGGUGAAUGCCGCUCUGGUGGCGGCCAAUCGCAUGACACCCAAAUCGCUGACCAUAACCGCCGCCCCAGCCACAGAGACGGUCACAUCAUCGGCAGCCUCCAUGGAUGUGGAUGAUGAUGAUGAGGGUAUGCUGGCGCUCGAAACAGGAAAGCUGAUGGCCAGCGUCAGUGGUGUUAGAGGUGGUGCUGCUUCUAGUUCGGCUACUGCUGUUGCUGUGCCCCCUGCCAUGGUUAAUCAGACGCCUCAGGAGCAGGCCGUAUUCCGUCGUAGCCUUGAUCAGGCGGCGGAUCGUCGCUUUCGCCGGAUGCGCUGCCGCAUCUGUCAGCGGCGUUUUAGCUCAAAGAAAUCGUACCGCUAUCACAUGCUGACCGACCAUCAAGUGCAGAAUGUGCAGUUCAUCAAAUGCAAGCUGUGCAAUGCCGAGUUUGCCUACGAGAAGGGUCUGAAGGUGCAUCUGUUCAAGGUGCACGGACGUGCGAUCAAGGAUGAGAUGAUUGUGAAGCAGUUUGAGUGCGAUGUCUGUUCGAUUGUCUACAGCUCGGAGCUGGAGCUGAAGCAGCACAAGAGGAGUGUCCAUAAGCUAACGUCCGUGUCGGUGUCUGCAUCUGCCUCGGCAUCGGCUUCGGCCUCUGCCUCUGCAUCCACAUCCUCGAAAAUCAAUGAUGAUGAUUUAAUGAUCAUGGAGGAGAUUGGUGGCAAUAGAAGCCGUCACCAUCACCAUCAUCAUCAGCAGCACCACCACAGCAAGUCGUCUGGCGACUUGGCCGAUCAGUCCAUCAUUUCCGCUGUGGGUGCCACAGCCACUGCCGCCACAACGACGCCGCUGUACUGGUACCAAUGCAAAUACUGUCCCUCCAACUUUAACACAAACAAAAAGCUGGCCAUCCACAUCAACUCGCACGAUGAGUUCGACUCGAAUGAUUAUUCGUGCAAGGACUGCGGCAAUGUCUAUAGCGGCCGCAAGAGUCUAUGGGUUCAUCGCUACAAAAAGCAUCCGCAGGUGCCCGACCCCAUCGAGUGCACGCUGUGCCGCAAGGUGUUCUUUGACCAUCAGAUGCUGGACAAUCAUACGCCAACCUGCAACCGCAAACCGAUUACCUCCACGGGGGCGCAUCAACAGGAGCUGCUUACGCAGACAAAUUCAUCGCAGGGUCGGGCCGUAUUCCGGCACAAGACUGGCGACGAUGAUGACGAGGAAGACGUGCAGCAGCAGCAGCCGCAGCACCGUCAUCAGCAGCAGCGUAACCAUCAGGAGGAUGCUGGUGAUGGAGGAGCAGCCGUAUCAGCAACAACAACAACAGCAGCAGCCACAUCUAGUGGCAGUACCAAGAAGCUGCGCACACCGGAGGUGGCAUGUACAAUUUGUGGUGCCCGUUUCACCGAUCAGGAGCACUUUAGCAAGCACAUACAGAAGCAUGAACAGGAUCUAUAUGUGGACAAUCCGUUGGCGGCGAUGUUCGAUGAUGGGCCAGCGGAUGCGGCCCAAUUUAAGGUGGAGGGCCAGAACGAGAAUGGGGAAUAUGCGUGCGAUAUGUGUACAAAGACAUUCCCCCAAGUGAUUGCACUCAAAGUGCAUCGCAAGUGGCAUUUCAGAGGUGAUAGCAAGCAGAACCACAUCGACAGCGAAACGACGAAUAUCAUCAACAACAACAACAACAAUUCGGUGAACAACUCCACAUCGAUGCUACGGGAGCUGCAUGCAGUGGGUCUGACGCCCAACCAACAACAGCAACAGCAGCAGCAGAGCCAACAACAGAACUCCACGUCCACGCCGAACAGCAACAGCAACAACAACAGCAGCAGCAGGAGCAACAACAACAACAACAGCAGCAGCAGGAGCAAAUCAAUGAAACGGAAACGUGAAUUGAAAUGCGAAUACUGCCCCUCGACCUUCAUCAGCAACAACAACCUGCGACGACAUAUGUAUGAGCUGCAUAAGCAUGAAGUGAGUAGCCUGCCAGCACCGCCAGUGAUUGUGGUUGAUGAGCCACUGAGCUGUCGACGUUGCGGCAAUCUGAAAUUCGAGACAAAGGAACUGUGGAUCGAACACAAGCUGGCCGAUGCGAAGGUGGUGCGACCGUUUUGUCCCUUCCAAUGGGGCUGUGAUAUGUGCGGCGAGUACUUGUCGCGCAAGGAGAAGCUCAUGAAUCACAUCAAUAAUCAUUUGAAGGAGGAUGUCAUUGUACCAGUCGCCACACAAUCGGCCAUCGACAGAGAACGGGCAUCAUCAGGUGCAUCGUCAGCAUCCGAGGCAACAACAUCCAAAGCAUCCGGAUUGGUUGAGCCGCCACCCAGCGCCGCCGCAGCGUUGCAAAAGAAAACGGAAGAGAAUGGUGGACUGGAUACAGCGGAGGCGACGGCGGCAGCGGCAGAGGCAGAGGCGGUGAAGGCAGAGGAAGAUGAUAGCGAAAUGGAGGACGGGGACAGCUCAGACGCUGAUGAAGAAAGCUCCGGCACAGGGGAUGAGGACGACGACGACACUGAAGACGAUGAUGAAGAAGAUGAGCUGCAGGAUGAGGACGACGAUGAAGAUGAGGGCGAAGAUGAAGAGGGUGUGCCCCCACCAACACCUGCCACACAAUUGUUGCAGCCGCAACACAAGCAUGCCAAUAAUAUUGACAAUGAUGAUGAUCUCGUCGAGGAAGUGAACAGCUCCGAUGAUGAGGAGCCAGAGGAUGGAGACGACGACGACGACGACGAUGAAGAAGACGAAGACGACGAGGAGACGGAGGAGGUAGAGGCAGAGGCACAGGGCUCGUCACAGCCCCUUAUGAAUGGCAAGUCUGAAAAGCAUCAAACCACGCCCCAACAGCAAAGGGAUGAGAUAUUGCCCAGCUCCGACGAGGACAACGAAGAUCAGGAUGGCCAUCCAAUGGCCAUUGAAGACAUUAUUGAAGAAGAAUUUGAUGAAGACGAUGAUGUGGAGGAGGUGUAUGAUGAGCAGAAUGUCGAUGGGGGGGCCACAUCGUCGGCAUCUUCAUCAGAGAGCGAAUCAACAUCCACGACCACAUCCAAUUCGCAUUCAACUGGUGAGCGGCGUAAGAAGGCUGGCGAUCAGUCGUCAAAUCCCAGCUUUACCUGUGAUCUAUGUCAACUUUGUUUCGAUUCCCAGGAGCUUCUCCAGUCUCACAUCAAAAGCCAUUUUCUCAAUGGUCCAAAAAUCUCUGCCUCACAAGCAACAAGCAAUGCAACAGCAGUAGCACCAGCAACAGCAACGGCAACGGUAACGACGACGGCCACGGCAGCGGCAGCGGCGACGACUGUUCCCAGCAGUUGUAACAACAAUGCCUCGACCAAAUCCUCGAAGCUCUCUCCAGCAGCAGCAGUAGUAGCAGCAGCAGUCACCGCCAACACCAGCAACAACCGGCAAAGAAGUGCCGCCACAGAAAUGGGGGCCAGCGGUAGCAGCAGCAGCAACAGCAAUUGAGCGGAUCAUCGUAGGUACUCUCGUAUUACCCCAGUCGUUUGUCCACAAUCAUCCUCGUCCGAAUUCACGUUCACACUUGAAACAACUUGUACAAAGCCAGCCAAUCACCGACUCAUUCACCAAAAGACCAUCCCACAAUCCACCACCAUCGACCACCAAACAACACACAACAAAAAAACAGCAUGAAAAACCAUCAUGCAAAAUGAUCAUCAGAAAAAACGCAUUCCAUGCAUUCAACAAGCAG